GUGGCCUCGAGACAGUGCAAAAUUUACACUGUCUGAUCCCGCUUAAUCGCAUAUCAGAGCUCUGUCCACCACACCACCAUCAUGAGAUUGAAGCUCCAAAGAGCUUGACAUCAUAAACCAUGCCUCGACAAAACCCGCCAUGAUCUCCUCACUAUGCCGCUUGCGCUGCCCUCAGUGGCGGCUACAAGCCCGGAUCUUCUCUGCGCGGAGCUUCUCAGAAGCCAAGCGUCCUUCAUCUGCACCAAAACCCAUCAUCGACAUCAAACACAUUCGACAGAACCCGGAGCUCUACAAGAAUACCUGCCUGGAGCGCAACUACAAACGGCAGGCGUCUCAUCCUGCAAAAAUAGGCCAAUUGCAUGCCGAGUGGCAGCAACUUCAAAAGGAUGGCCGCACGCUGAGGGAGAGGUCGAAUUUGCUGAGAAAAGAGCUGGCGAAUUCAGCGACUAGCAGCGAUGACGAGGACCUGAAGGAUGUGAAGAACAUGAGCCGGGAGAAGGUCCAAGAGGAAGCGAAGGCGCUGAAGAAUGAGCUGAUUGUGAUUGAGAAGAAGGAGGCCGAUGCGGUUGCGCAGAUGGAGGCGCUGGCGCUUGAGAUUCCUAACCUCACCAGCGCGGAUACGCCAAGGGGAGAUGAACCUGAAGUCUUGACCUACAUCAAUGAGCCUCCGAGCUUUGAACAGGGGCCUGAGAAAAUUUGGAGGUCGCACGUACAUAUUGGCGCCGAAUUGGGCAUUCUCGACUUUGCUGGUGCAGCCACGGCGUCUGGCUGGGGAUGGUAUUACCUACUUGGCGAAGCAGCACAGCUUGAGCAAGCUCUGAUCCAAUACGCCCUUGCGGUGGUAACUAAGCAUGGAUGGACGCAAGUAUCGCCCCCUACCAUGGUGUACAGCCAUAUUGGUGCUGCCUGUGGCUUCCAGCCUCGAGACCAGAAUGGCGAGCAGCAAGUCUAUGCGAUUGCCCAGUCCCAAGCAGAUGCUGAGCGAGGUGUACCUGAGAUGAGCUUAGCGGGCACUUCUGAGAUUCCUCUCGCCGGCAUGAAGGCCAUGGCUACUAUCGACGCCGUUGAUUUGCCCAUGAAGAGAGUCGCCGUAUCAAGAUGCUAUCGUGCCGAAGCUGGAGCUCGUGGCGCCGAAACAAAGGGCCUCUAUCGCGUGCACGAGUUUUCAAAGGUGGAAAUGUUUGCGUGGACGAACCCCGAUGAAUUUGAAGCGCGAGAAGUCUUUGACGAGAUACUAGACAUCCAGACAGAGAUUCUCUCCUCUCUAGGACUGUACUGUCGCGUCCUGUCCAUGCCAUCCACUGAUCUUGGCGCCUCCGCCACCCGCAAGAUCGAUAUGGAAGCUUGGUUCCCCAGUAGAGAGCACCACAGCGGCGGAUGGGGCGAAGUCACGUCCGCGAGCCUUUGCACCGACUACCAGACGAGGCGAUUAGCAACGCGCCUUAGGACAAGCAGCGGCAAACUAGCUUUUCCAUGGACGGCGAACGGUACGGCAUUGGCGGUUCCUAGAGUUUUGGCGGCGAUGCUGGAGAAUGGAUGGGACGAGGAAGAAAGGACAGUGGCAAUCCCAGAAUGUCUGUGGCCAUGGAUGGGACAGCAAAAGAUUGUACCUAAAGGAGUCGUGUUUCCAUAGCCUUCCAAAAAGAAUGAUAUGUCUUGAUCACAGCCCAAGUUCCGGACGACAUGGCGAGGAUGAUAAGAUAGAGAGAAAGAAUACUAAGAUAGCAAAUGAUGUUAGUAUAGGUGAAGCUAUUCGUAUCGAAUAAUAAG